AUGAAAGGGGCGAAGGAAGGCAUCCGCGUAGCGGGUAACGGAGAAGCAGGUGGUGAAUUGUAUCAAUUAAAAGAGCCCACUGAUCUCCUCUUAGACAAGAAGAACAAUUCCAUCAUCAUCUGCGAUUUCGGAAACAGACGUGUGAUGGAAUGGUCUCUUCAAAGUGGUACAUCCGAAGGCAAAGCAAUCAUUAACCGAGUCUAUUGUUCAGGAUUAGCAAUGAACGAUGAAGGUGCUCUCUACGUCACUGACGUAAACAUACAUGAAGUGCGACUAUAUGCCAGAGGAAGCACCACUGGCAUGCACGUAGCGGGUGGAAAGGGGCAAGGAGAUGGCUCCCGUCAACUCAACGCGCCCGCACACAUCGCUGUCGAUGGUAAAGGCACGGUCUAUGUGUCAGACACUGGCAAUCAUCGUGUGAUGAAAUGGAUGAAAGGGGCGAAAGAAGGCAUCCGCGUAGCGGGUGACGGAGAAGCAGGUAUUGAAUUAUAUCAAUUAAAAGAGCCCACUGAUCUCCUCUUAGACAAGAAGAACAAUUCCAUCAUCAUCUGCGAUCAAGGAAAUGGACGUGUGACGCGAUGGCCUCUUCAAAGUGGUAGAACUGAGGGCAAAACAAUCAUCUACGAAAUAUAUUGUUCGGGAUUGGCAAUGGACGAUGAAGGUGCUCUCUACGUUACUGACCUGGAGACACGUGAAGUGAGACUAUAUACCAAAGAGUACACAGAGAGUAUCGUCGUAGCUAGUGGAAACGGAAAAUGGGAUGUACUCAAUCUAUACAACCAGCCUUUCAGCGUUGCAGCGGAUGGUGAUGGCACGGUCUACGUGUCAGACACUGACAAUCACUGUGUGAGGAAAUGGAUGAAAGGGGCCGAGGCUGGCAUCAUCGUGGCGGGCUUUGAUGUAAAACGUAAUCAGUUAAAUCAAUUAGAUGCGCCCACGGAUGUCCUGCUAGACAAGAAGACCAAUUCCAUCAUCGUCUGCGAUAAAGGGAAUCAACGUGUGGUGAGAUGGUCACUUCCAAGUUUUACUACUAUAGGCGAAGAGUUAAUUGACAACAUUGACUGUGUCGGAUUGGCAAUGGACGACGAAGGUGCUCUCUACGUCACUGACGUAAAGAAACAUGAAGUACGACGAUAUGCCAGAGGAAGCACCACCGGCACGCGCGUAGCUGGUGCAAACAGAGGCGGAGAUGGUCUCCAUCAACUAAAUAACUCUCAAAAUGUGGCAGUGGAUAGUGAAGGCACGGUCUACGUGUCAGACACUAACAAUCAUCGUGUGAUGAAAUGGAUGAAAGGGGCGAAAGAAGGCAUCCGCGUAGCGGGUAGCGGAGAAGCAGGUGGUGAAUUAUAUCAAUUAAAAGAGCCCACUGAUCUCCUCUUAGACAAGAAGAACAAUUCCAUCAUCAUCUGCGAUUUCGGAAAUAGACGUGUGAUGGAAUGGUCUCUUCAAAGUGGUACAUCUAGAGGUAAAACAAUCAUUAACGUGUAUUGUUUGGGUUUGGCGAUGGACGAUGAAGGUGCUAUCCGCGUCACUGACGCAGAGGCACGUGAAGUGAGACGAUAUACCAAAGCGUACACUGAGAGUAUCGUCGUAGCUGAUAGAAACGGUGAAUUGAAUGAUUUUUAUCGACUCGGCGUGCCUCACAACGUUGCAGUGGAUAGUGAAGGCACCGUCUACGUGUCAGACAGUAGGAUGCGGCGGGUGAUGAAAUGGAUGAAGGGGUUAGGCUCUGGGAUCAUCGUGGCGGGCUUUGAUGUAAAACGUAAUCAAUUAAAUCAGUUAGAAGCGCCCACGGAUCUCCUGUUAGACGAGAAGAUCCAUUCGAUCAUCAUCUGCGAUAAAGGGAAUCAACGUGUGAUGCGAUGGUCACUUCGAAGUGGUACAACUGAAGGCGAAGAGAUCAUCCGCCUCGUCGAUUGUGGCGGAUUCGCAAUGGACGAUAAAGGUGCUCUUUACGUCAUUGACGUAAGUAGAAAUGAAGUGAGACAAUAUCUCAAAGGUUGUAUCACGGGCAUGAUCGUCGCUGGUGGAAACGGAAAAGGAUAUGGCCCCCAUCAACUUCACAGGCCGGAAUACAUCGCUGUGGAUAGUGAAGGAACGGUCUACGUGUCAGACACAUACAAUUAUCGUGUGAUGAAAUGGAUGAAAGGGGCGAAAGAAGGCAUGAUCGUGGCGGGUCGUCGGGAACAUGGAACAGAGGCCAUACCGUCCUUUGUUCCUAAAGGGCUUGUGGUCGAUAGUAAAGGCACUCUUUACGUUGCAGACUGGGGGAAUGGUGGAGUCACACGUUGGCGGAAGGGUGCAGAGGAUGGCGACAUCAUCAUCGGUGGAAAUGGACAAGGGCCAGGAGCGCAUCAGUUGUCACGUCCCGUCGGUUUAGCCUUGGAUGUUUAUGACAUUCCCGUAGAUGCCAAAUGGAUACGAAGCGGUGUCACUGUUCUUGAUGUAUCCCAUACGACUCUUGGUCUCGCCAUUGAUGAGCACGAUGGCACAGUAUAUGUAGCUGGUAUCGGAGAAAACCGAAUAGUUGCCUCAACGCCAAUUGACACUAAUGGCCGUGUAGUGGCUGGAGGUCCAACGGAUGGUGAUGGCACGGUCUACGUGUCAGACACUGACAAUCAUCGUGUGAUGAAAGGGGCGAAAGAAGGCAUCCGCGGAGCGGGUGACAGAGAAGCAGGUGAUCAGUUAUAUCAGUUGAACAUGACAAUUGAUAUCCUGCUGGACAAGAAGAACCAUUCCAUCAUCAUCUGCGAUCAAGGAAACCGACGUGUGAUGCGAUGGUCUCUUCAAAGUGGUACAACUGAAGGCAAAACAAUCAUCAACAAAAUCUAUUGUUGGGGAUUGGCAAUGGACGAUGAAGGUGCUCUCUACGUCACUGACGUAAAGAAACAUGAAGUAAGACGAUGUACCAAAGAGUACACUGAGAGUGUCGUAUGUGUAACGAACUUGUAUCCGUUGGCAGGAUCGGUGCUCUAG